AUGUCAGCCUCCUACAGCCAGCCGAAGUUUGAUGACCGUAUCUCGAGUCAUUACAACAACCAUCAUGCGCCGAAAACUUCUCACCAUGCAUCAUCAAUCAAGCGAGCCCCACCGGCGGCAGCUGUUUAUGCUAACAAGGCCAUUGCGAAAGACGGAAGGAGUGAAUUGAGUACCCCAAGCAGUACUGACACCUCUGUCGCUUCCAACCCUCCUGGUAGUGCAAGGACGAAAAGUUCCUCUGACUGGGGAGGCGAUGUCCCAUCUACUACGCAUGACGCAUCCGAAGCACAGCUUGUUCCUGGGCCUCCUGGUAUUGCUCGCAGGGCAAAAGCGCAUGUGCCUUCCGCCUGUGUCAAUUGUAAGAAGAAGCAUCUGGCAUGCGAAACUAAACGUCCCUGCACAAGAUGUGUGCACAACGGGAAGGAGAACCUGAUGAAGCUGACUUUCGAACCUCUGAACAGGAAACGAGGGCGUCCAAGACUUCGAGAAGACGACAGCUUUCGAGAAAUGACCCUAGGGACCGGCUCAUCUUACGGAGAUGUGUAUCAAACGCAGGCGGGUGUUUUGGCUGCCGCUCAGCCUGGUCGUCACAGAUCCAAGACGUACCGAGAACUCCGCUCCCAGCCCGAAACUGCAUACGUCGAUCAGCGGCCGAGGACUUCCGACCCUGCCUUCAACCAGACUCAGUAUCCCCGAGAUCUUCUUAGCUAUGGUUCUUCGAUACCUGCGACAUCGUACCAAUCUAGCCAAAUCCCGACCGUUCUCCUGAGCCCUGAUUUUGUUGUUGCACAGCACAAUCGUGCGUUCACUGAUGCACUUUCGCUGCAAAUCACUGCGAGAGGUCAGACUCUCGUCAAUCUUGUUAUUCCUGCAGAAAGGGAAAAGAUCCGUAGGCUGCAGGCUGCAAUGCGAGCCGAGUACCAUAAUUCAGUCCAUGCGGCUCGGAAGCAUGGAGACCUUAACACCAUCGACACAAUGCCUUCGAUAGAUCAGCUGGAUAUCAUGCGCGCGACAGCAGGCUUCGAGACCAGAUCUGAAUAUUGGACAUUCCGCUUGCCCAGAGAGCAGUCGCGCGGCUACCCGAUCUCGAUAUCUCUUGCUAGAGACGGCGGGUUCUUUGUCAUCCUGACUUUAAUCCAAAGCGCGAACCCUCUGCAAUCUCCACAACUCCUGCAACAGCCAAUGCUGCUCUCAGCGACCUCUCUAGGCGGAAUGCCGUCUCCGCCAAACUCCCUGUACCAGAGCAACCCGUCACAAGAUCGUCAUCAGCGUAACAGCUCGACGGACAUCAGUAUCCCAUACCUUAGCUCUCCAGCAGGCUCUGGUUUCGAGGAUGCCUUGAUGCCAAUGCACCCGACUCAGAGCACUGCGAACUACCAAGCGGCGUCCCCUCCUCGAUCUGUGCAGGUUCCUUACUCAACGCCUCGGACUAAUUCUUCAAGCUCUGCGUCGGCCUCAGGCUCCGAGAUCCCCCGAAGCUCGCCGACUAGUUCCCAUCAUCCUAUGCCACGCGAUAAUCUGAAGCAUCUGCAGCUCCCGCCCAUCCGAACAGCCCCAACCCCGACGUCAGAGCCACAGACACCACGAGACCAAAGACGCCGACAUGGUACGACCACGCCAAGCCCAGCAAGGAGCAGUCCCCACAAUAGUAAGAGAAAGAAGAGGAGAAGGCUGGAGAUUGGGGACGUGUUGCACUGA